AAUACUUUCCAACUAAACCCGUACGGAAUGCUCCAUUCCAUUCCGAUUCCACUUACUCUUCACGAACCAAACGGCCCUGCGUCAAGUCAAGUCAAACUGCUACGUGGAAUCUUUCCGGAGAGAACUGAUCAUGCGCUUCCUCUCCAACAAAAGGCAAUUGGACUUUGGACAUCGCGAACCCUAGUCCCCGAUUUUCCGCCAUCGUCGAUCAGAGAGAUGGAACAGUCCCUCUCUUCCCUCACAUUCAAAGGUUCAAUUCCAGAAGCUAUUUCUGAAGCAAAGAUACAGAAGAAGAUCUUUGUUGUAUACAUCUCAGGUGAUGAUGCAGACUCGAUCCGCAUGGAAAAUUCUACUUGGGUAUAUCAUAAAGUAUCAGAGUCGAUAUCAAAGUACUGCAUUUUGCUUCAUUUAGCAGAGGGAAGUGCUGAUGCUGCGAACUUUUCGAGGAUAUAUCUUCAGAAUUCUGUUCCUUGCAUUACAGCUGUUGGUUAUGAUGGCUAUAAAAUUUGGCAACAAGAGGGAUUCAUUUAUGCUGAAAAUCUCGCAUCCAGUCUUGAGAAGGCAAUUGGACUUUGGACAUCGCGAACCCUAGCUCCCGAUUUUCCGCCAUCGUCGAUCAGAGAGAUGGAACAGUCCCUCUCUUCCCUGACAUUCAAAGGUUCAAUUCCAGAAGCUAUUUCUGAAGCAAAGAUACAGAAGAAGAUCUUUGUUGUAUACAUCUCAGGUGAUGAUGCAGACUCGAUCCGCAUGGAAAAUUCUACUUGGGUAUAUCAUAAAGUAUCAGAGUUGAUAUCAAAGUACUGCAUUUUGCUUCAUUUAGCAGAGGGAAGUGCUGAUGCUGCCAACUUUUCGAGAAUAUAUCCUCAGAAUUCUGUUCCUUGCAUUACAGCUGUUGGUUAUAACGGCUUUAAAAUUUGGCAACAAGAGGGAUUCAUUUAUGCUGAAAAUCUCGCAUCCAGUCUUGAGAAGGCAAUUGGACUUUGGACAUCGCAAACCGUAGCCCCCGAUUUUCUGCCAUCAUCGAUCAGAGAGAUGGAACAGUCCCUCUCUUCCCUCACAUUCAAAGGUUCAAUUCCAGAAGCUAUUUCUGAAGCAAAGAUACAGAAGAAGAUCUUUGUUGUAUACAUCUCAGGUGAAGAUGCAGACUCGAUCUGCAUGGAAAAUUCUACUUGGGUAUAUCAUAAAGUAUCAGAGUCGAUAUCAAAGUACUGCAUUUUGCUUCAUUUAGCAGAGGGAAGUGCUGAUGCUGCCAGCUUUUCAAUGAUAUAUCCUCAGAAUUCUGUCCCUUGCAUUACAGCUGUUGGUUAUAACGGCGUUAAAAUUUGGCAACAAGAGGGAUUCAUCAAUGCUGAAAAUCUCGCAUCCAGUCUUGAGAAGGCAUGGCUAAGUCUUCAUAUUCAGGAAACAACUGCCAGUGUCAUGGCUCCAGCACUUGCUAGAACAACAUCAGAACCAUCGACUUCUCAAGCUUCCCCUGUAACCUCAAAUGAGGAUGGUAGUUCCUUGAGUGCAUUUCCUCCUCCAUCUGAUGGCCAUAACCAGUCAUCUGAGACUACAUCAUCUGUAAUAAUUGAGGAGAAAAGAAUUGAUGGAAAGCUGCCAAGUUUUUCAAAUUAUCCUACUGAUUUAGAGUAUGUCAUCAAGGAGGAAUCGACAUCUUUAACUGAACCAGUAAAAGAGCAAUCGAGAUCAAUGGUGAUUGAAACUCGUGAUUCCAGACAUGAUAAUCAGUACUCCAAGAUGGGAAAUGACUGCCCUAGCUCUGAAGCAAAAUCGAAGAAUCUCUUAGAAAUUCCAGAUGGUUCAAGCUCCACACGAGUUUCAUCGGAUUUGGUUCAGUCCAAUGAGAAGUUGGGUUCUGUUGAGCCAGGCUCAAUGCAAAAUCUUCCCAGUAGCAGCCGGUCGAGUGAUGUUCAUAUGAAUAUUCGAUUGCCCGACGGUGUAAGCCUACAAGAUAAGUUCUCAGUCACGAGCACUUUGAGAACUGUCAAAGAUUAUGUUGAUGAAAAUCGAGCCGAUAUUGGCUCCUAUGACCUGGCGACUCCUUAUCCUCGAAAAGUAUUUAAUUAUCAAGAUUUGAGCAAAUCAUUAGCGGAAUUGGAGCUGCUCGGCAGGCAAGCACUGAUAGUAGUUCCUCGUAAGAGCGGCUGAGGAAAUAAUAGCAGAAGGGGUGCUUCCAUUUCCUAUAACCAAACAGAUUCCUCUGCUGCUGACUUGUCCAGCCAGUAUGAUGAAGGAUAUUUUACAUUUGCAAGAAGGGGUUUGUCUUACCGCGACCCUUCCUCUUAUCUCGGCGGUGGUGGCAGUGGAGGCAGUGGAGGCUCUUCCAGUUCGGGGCAUGACUCCAUUGCUGGCAUGUGGGAAAAUCGGCCGAACCAUAAUCUUUGGGACGAUUAUGCAGCUCAAGAGAGGCCAUACUCUCGAGACUCUACCCCUCAGGGUACAAUUAGAAGCAGGAGGCUGACAACUUCGCAAUUUGGCAGCAAUAUACACACCCUCAAGGAUGACGAUGAUGAAACCCGAUUCAAGGACAGGAAUUCCUUUUGGAACGGAAAUUCUACGCAGUAUGGAGGUAAUAAUGAUGAUCGCACAUAGAGAUGUGGACCAGAUUAUGAGAGUUUGAACAAUUAUCAAGUAUUCAUGAGGUUCAAUAAUUGUUUUUAUAACGCAUCUUGAAAUUGUUGUGUGUUAGUCGGAUUGUUUAUCGUCGAGAUACUCCACUAAUUAAUAUGUUGUCUAUAUUUUUUGAUUUUGAGAACAACUAAUUUUUCUAUCGAUUUGUUGUUCAUUGACCA